AUACUCCAACGCGUGCUUCAAUUCAGAACAAUUUUUUUUUCUGUGAACAUGAUUUCUAAUUCAUCAUCGAAAAUUGAUAAGGUCGCAACCGAAAAGCCAAAGUGCGAUAAAGCCGAAACAACGUCGUCAAAGAGCAAAGAACGUCCAUACAAACUGCGACACGUUCGGAGCUUCUCCUGCGAUUACCAACAGAUGAGUCACAUUCCGCUGUACUGCUAUUUAGGUCGGUUACAGUGCAAAGAUGAUGACCGUUUCGCCAAACACAUGACGAAACACGGGCGCAUAUUUAGUUUCAUUCGUCAGGUUGAUGACUACAUUCUGGAGGAACCGAGUUUCGCCGUGCGUUUGGACUACCGUCCCAGAACGUUGGUGUACGUGCGGAACGUGUCACCUCAUUCGGUGUUGCGACUCAGCAGGGCCUACAUCCACCUGGCAGACGGUCACAUAAGAUGCUGA